AUGCUCCCUUCUCUACUUCUGUCAUGUCUUUCGCUGAGCGCAUCUGUAUGUGCUAAAUAUAUUGUUCCGGGCGCAAGAUGGAGGGAUACGAAGGGAGAACUCGUUAACGCCCACGCUGGUGGUGUCAUAGUUGACAAGAAUGGGACCUUCUGGUGGUUCGGCGAGUACAAAGUUCAAGGCCAGGAAGAAGGUGGUGGUGUCUCUGUUUACAGCUCGAGUGAUUUAGCGACAUGGACACAUCAUGGCAUGGCACUCGAGCCCAUUGAAGGACAUCCGUAUAUUGCUCCAAGCAGUAUUAUCCAGAGACCCAAGGUUGUUUACAGUGAGCCUUUGGAUCAAUACCAUAUGUGGUGGCAUGCGGACGACUCCAAAUAUAGCCUCUUACUCCAAGGUCUAGCAGUGUCCAAGACCAUUGGCGGCCCCUACAGCUUCGUGAACGCAACAGCGCCACUCGGAAACUGGUCCCAGGACUUUGGUAUAUUUACAGAUUACAAAGACGGCAGAUCUUACUCUCUUUACUCAAAUGGCGAUAGGAAAGAGGGUCGCGAUGUCUACAUAACGAGUUUCAACAAAGAUCUCACUGGUCUCGACGAAGUCAUUCAUAGAUUCGACAAGUUUGACUUGGAGGCGCCCACGAUCAUUCAAACGGAUCAAAGUUACUAUGCUUUAAUGAGCCAUAAAACUGGGUAUCGGCCAAACAAUGUCGUUGCCUUCCGCGCGGACUCGCUGGCUGGGCCUUGGUCACAGCCCUUCAUCGUUUCUCCGCUGAACACACGUACUUUUAGUUCGCAGUCAGGCUUCAGUUUGAGAAUUGCAGGCACGAAGAAGACGACUUACCUUGGGACUCCAACUCGCUCUGGGAAAGCCGGUAUAUCUGGCUACCAAUGGAAAUCGACGACCGAAAAAAGACUCUACAACAAGACCGGAGAAUGGAGGCCUAUUCAAGGCAAGACAUACUACGGAAAGAACGCACAGGUCAGCGGGAAUGCGUUCAAGCAAGAAGCUAACUUCGCGAGUGGCGGGGUUAUCUUGACAGGUAUUUACGGCAACGACAGCAGCGUCACUUUUGAGGGCAUCGAGGGAUCCGGAAAGCCUCAAUGGGUCUCAUUCUACUAUCAGAACACGGACGAUAUGGGAUUCGGAGACCAACCUGGCGGAUCUCCCGACCGCAUCGGAGGCGCCUGGCAGCUACGUCGUAUCUCCAGCGUGGUAGUCAACGGCGACAUCUCAACGGUGCACACGCUGUAUCAGCGUGACACUCACAAAGGAAUAAUUGGGUCCACGCCGCUGCAGCUUAUGCUUGAAAAGGGAACGAGUAAUACGAUCACGGUGAGGGGUCUGUCGAAUGGAUUCGAUUUCAAGGGCGCAGAUCUGGAUCGGAUUGUGGUCUAUCCCGCCGAGAACUAG